AUGGUAUGCCUUUUGGUAAGGUUAGAAAAGGAUUUGGAAGAGUAGGGAAGGAUGAGAAUAAAAAACCAAAUAAUUAGAUGCAAUCAAAGAAAUGAGUAAAUGCAAGUACUUAAAAUCUUAUUCUACCUAAGAUACCACCUAUAUAAAUAAAAAACAUUCGCUUAAAAAAAGACAAGUAUAAAUUUAGAAUCUAUUUUAAGAUUACUUUCUAAUUUUUCAAUUAAUGGUUUUAAAUUAUCUACAAACUAAUACAAUCUAACAUAAUAGUAUUAAACCAGAGAUUAUGGUCUUUUAUAAAAAUAGCUUAAUUUAAAAAUCUAAUUUAGUUAUCUUCGACUAACAGAUAUAGGGAUGGCCAGAAUCUGGUAAUCUGACAAUCAAAAUGAUACUAGUGGUUCUCCUCCUAGCUAAACAUAUCUGAGUCAAAUUACAUCAAAUUCGUGA